GGAAUUUAAGGUGUCAUUAAUGCCGACAAAAACAGAGGUUAUAUCAGAUGUGUUUGCGAUCUUAUUUGUUAUUAUGCAGAAAGUUUCAUCCAGGACACGCUACAUUUUAUAAUCUGUCAUGAAUCUAGGCCAUUCAAAUCCGUAUGGAAACGGUCUGUUGUAUGCUGGCUUUAAUCAGGAUCAAGGAUGUUUCGCGUGUGCAACGACGACAGGCUUCAGGAUAUAUAAUUGUGAUCCUUUGAAAGAGAAGGAAAGGCAAGAUUUUGACAAUGGAGGACUCAGCUAUAUUGAAAUGUUAUUUCGGUGCAACUAUCUGGCACUUGUUGGUGGUGGAACAAAACCUCUGUAUCCCCCUAACCGUGUAGUUGUUUGGGACGACCUGAAGAAAACCACACCAAUCUGUUUGGAAUUUAACGCCAACGUUUUGGGUGUCAGACUGAGACGGGACAGAAUAGUUGUAAUUUUAGAGGGUGUAAUAAAAGUUUACACGUUCACGCAGACUCCGCAACAGUUGCAUGUGUUUGAAACCAAUGCCAAUCCGAAGGGUUUGUGUGUGUUGUGUCCAAACAGUAACAACUCAAUUUUGGCAUUUCCAGGAAGGAAAACUGGCAUUGUUCAGUUGGUAGAUUUAGCCAACACAGAAAAAUCGCCUUUAGAUAUUGCAGCACACGAGGCAAAUCUCAGUUGCAUUUCACUAAACCUACAGGGGACGAGACUGGCAACCGCAAGCGAAAAAGGCACUUUGAUCAGGGUGUUCGACACGGCAACAGGAAACAAAAUUGCCGAAUUGAGGCGAGGUGCACAUCAGGCGAACAUUUACUGUAUAAACUUUAACCACGCGUCGACGUCACUGUGCGUAGCAUCCGAUCAUGGUACCGUCCACAUUUUUGCGUUGGACGAUCAGAAACUCAACAAACAGUCCUCGUUGGCGAACGCAUCAUUUUUGCCCAAGUAUUUCUCGUCGACUUGGUCCUUUUGCAAAUUCACCGUUCCUAAUGGACCGCCCUGUGUUUGUGCCUUUGGCUCAGACACAAAUUCAGUUAUUGUGAUAUGUGCUGAUGGCAGUUACUACAAGUUCGUGUUCAACAUGAAGGGCGAAUGCGUUCGUGAGCAAUGCAUCCAAUUUCUAGAAAUGACUGACGAAAAUCUUUAACACUUAAGGAAAAACAAAAAAUAUAUAUAAAUAAAAUUGUUGUCUAGGAAGUAAUGACAGUGAAAAUGAAAACAUUAUUAAUAUUAUAAGUGAAAAGAAUUUUAUUUUUGUUUUAGAAUUGACUUUAUGUAAUUAAAUUGUGUACCUAUAUAUGUGUUUCAUAUUAUUGCAUAAGUAUUCAUUUUUUAAUAAAAUUUUAAACUUUA